CACUGCAUAAGAAGGACAAGCGCGAUGAGAGGAAAAGAAUGGCGGGAAACCAAUUAUCUUCAUCCAUUUCCUGCUUAACUUCCAUCCACCACACCAAAUCGUGAAGUUUCAAAUUCCGGAUCCACAGAAGAAGACGAAGAACCACUAAAAUGCAUGCCAGCCAGUUCGACGGCAAUGCAGCCUUCUCCGGCGGCGGAUUCAUGCCUUCUCAGGCCACUCAGGGCCAUGACCAGCCCUUCUUCCCCUCCAAGAAUCGUGAUGCUCAGUCCUUGCUUCCUCUCACGAUCAAGCAGAUAAAAUACGCUGUUCAAUCAAAUGAUGAUAAAACCAAUUUGAUUAUCGACGGUGUCGACGUUAACAAUGUUACUCUUGUAGGAAGGGUGUGCAACAAAGCUGGAAGGGUUACUGAUGUUACUUUUGUACUUGAUGAUGGUACUGGAAGGAUUGAUUGUAACAAAUGGCUUCAGGAAGCUGCAGAAUCUAAUGAAGUGGAGAGUAUUAUCAUGGAUGGGGUGUAUCUGCGGCUACAUGGACAGUUGAAGGGUUUUCAGGGUAAAAGGACUUUAAAUGUUUUCUCUUUCAGGCCUGUGACUGACUUCAACGAGAUUGCCAGCCAUUUCAUUGAUUGCAUAUAUGUUCAUCUCUAUAAUUCCAGAUUACGGGCUAGUGUCCCUGUUCAGCAACAUGUUUCUAAUUCCACACAAAUUACUCCCACAAAAGGUUAUCAAGCUCAAGCUGUCCCACCAAAUCAAUUCUCUGGUCAACAAAACAAUGGUCAGAAUAGGAAUAGCCUUGAAAAUAUGGUUUUAGACGUUUUACUUCUUCCCACAAGCAGGGCAAAGGAGGAGGGAGUCUCUCAAGAUCUUAUUGCACAGCAUCUUGGAAUUCCAUUGGAUAAGCUCAUGCCGGCUAUUAAGAGUCUUGGUGAUGACGGUGCCAUUUAUGAAACUAUAGCUGAGCACUACAAGUCAAUCGUCGAUUGUUGAGAUCAUAUGGUGGACAGACAGAGACAUCAAUCUUGCCAGAGUAAGCUCAACUCUGCGCAACCUUGUACUUGUGAGUAUGAACUGGUGACAUAUUAAGGCUUGAUCAACUUGUCUCUCUUUUCCCUACUACUAAUGAGUAUGAACUGGUGACUACUAUAUCAUGACAUGAAAUGUAUCGCUACUGGUGUCAGCUGAGGCACGCAGUUUUUUUUUUUUUGGUCAAUCGCACGCAGUUAUCUUGUUAAGGACUAAGAAUCCUAGACAUCGAGGAGCCCAUGGGCUUCAUUGCAGUUUCGUUUAGAUCCUUUCGGACCAAGUAUUGGGCCCUAUUAAAUACUGCUACUCGUUGCAUAAUUGUUUUUUUAUUUUCCAAAAAUAUAUUUAGUCCUUGACUAUAUGUUUCAA